GUCUAGCCUUUAAUAUCACACCGCUAAAUUUAAAAGAUGUUUUCUCGUUCUGUUCGUGUUGCCAGACCAGUUAGCAACAACUUGAGAUUCUUUGCUACAUCAAGAAUCCAACUCCAAACCAAGGUUGCUGCCACCGCCACCAAGUUAUCUGAAGUCACCGGUCCAGAUGACUCUUUGAUCGGUAAGGGUGCUGCCCCAGGUACCAUUCCAACCGAUUUGGAUCAAGCUACAGGUUUAGAAAGAUUCGAAUACUUGGGUAAGAGAGAAGGUAUUGACGUUUUCGACUUGGAAAACCCAGUCUCCGUUGGUGCUGGUACCAUGGCCGACCCAUACCAAGUUCCAUCCUACAUCGGUAACAGAUACGUUGGAUGUACCGGUAAGGAUGGUGAACAACACGAUCCAUACUGGAUGCAAGUUGAAGACGGUAAGCCAGGUAGAUGUUGGCAUUGUGGUAAUGUGUUCGCCAUCAAGUACUUGGGUGAACCAGGCCACAGCCACCACUAGACGUAACAACCUAUUCAUUCCGGAAGACACCACCCGAUAGAACGCAUCAUUUGUUUGUUCCUUCAAGAAGGCGAUCAACAUUUUCAUUAGUUUAUUUUUCAGUAUUGUCUUAGUAAAAUCAAAACCAGUAGUAAAAAGAAU